ACAAAAACACCUUGAAAACCAUCUUUCGCUUUUGGUCGUUUGACAAAAAUCAUUCAAAACGGCAUAAAACUUGGCUAGCCGUGGUUUUCACUUAAAUGACGUGGUUUUUAAAGUGUCUUACUCGAUUUAUUAGCCAAAUACAUCAAAUAAGUGUUUUAAACACUUGGUUUUUAUUUUGGAGAACUUUGAAUUUUUCGGUCGGGUUUCGCAUCGGUUGGCUAGGCCGUGGUUAAGGCAAAAACCAUGGGUUCUUGACUAACCACUCACCCAGCGAUGGGAAGAUCUUCCCAUCGAUGGGUAAGCGGCCCCUCAGCCAAACCAGUUUCCAGAACCAUGCAAAACAGCGAUGGGGAGUUCCACCCAUCGCUGUUAGAGCCUUGGUGCAAAAUUACCACAAGGCAGAACGACCUUGCCCAGCGAUGGGAAGUCUAUCCCAUCGAUGGGAGGACUUCGUGCGCCUACUACAGUGGGCCCGUCCAGGAACCUUUGGGGACCAAUGGGUUUUCAUCAUGUUGGGCUUGUAGAAUGAGUCAAGCAGCUGGCAAUGACGGACAGGAGGUCCCAGAGGAGGAGCCUGAUUACGUGAGCGUGCACACUGAAGUGUUGAGCUUCACACCUCAACAAGCCUCCGAGCAGGCGGUCCCGGACGUGGGCCCUAUACCGGAAGCCAUCCCUAUCGUCCAGCCGCAGUUCGCGGCUAACUUCAUGAACUUCCUCUAGCAGAUGGCUGGAGCUUACGUGCCACCACCGCCGCCACUAGUGGCGGUGGUCACCAUUGAGAAGCUCCGAAAGAAUGGAGCUGAGGAAUUUAUGGGAGAUCAGAUCGCCGACCCCAUGAUUGCCAAACGGUGGUUUGAGCGAACCAUCUGAGUGUUGGAGAACCUGAGGGUUCCACAGGAGCAGCGUGGCGACCUCGCAGUCGCAUUACUUUAGGAUUUUG